UAAUAGAUCUAAUCUCUUGGUGAUGUCUGCUCGGUCAGUUAUGGAGGACAAAGAUCAGUAUGGACACCCUAGAAUACCCCACAGGGGACAUUAUGACCCUAAGAAAUGUAAUCAGAGGAGGCAAUGGGCAGAAAAGUUCACAUCAUCUUCCCUGAGUAGCCUGGGGGAAUGGUGGAGCAAGGAAGGUGAAGAUGACAGUAGAUCCUGUUUAAAAUUAAAGGGCAACAUUGAGAAUGCAAUAGGACUCGCAAAAGUACCAAUUGGUUUGGUUGGUCCUGUCCUAAUUAAAGGUGUGGAUGUAUCUGGCUAUGUAAUCUGCCCCUUUGCCACCACAGAAGGUGCUCUGGUUGCUUCAGCUACAAGGGGUGCCGCCUUAUUGACACGCUCCGGAGGCGUGAGAACCAAAGUGAUCGAACAGGUAAUGAUACGCACUCCGGGCUUUGCCAUGGAGUCUAUGGAAGAUGCAGAGUUUCUCUACUCCUGGGCUCUCAUUAAUAAACCCGGUCUUCAGAAGCAGGUCAAGCUGUUCAGCCAGUUUGCGAAUCUUUUUGAUCUGAGGGCUCAGCGUUUUGGGAGGAACGUUAUGCUGAUAUUUAGGUACAGCACAAACGAUGCAGCUGGACAGAACAUGGUGACAUCCGCCACUUGGCACUCGUGUAGGUGGCUCAUCAAAAUGUUUGAGUCGGAGAAUCCAUCAAUUAAGAUAAAGAAGUUCUUUAUUGAAACAACCCUCAGCGGUGACAAGAAGGUUGCCUGGGUUAACUUUUAUUCCUCCAGAGGCGUCCAUGUUAUUGCAGAGGCUUGGAUACCUGAGCCUGUUCUGAAAGACACAUUUAAGAUCACCGUCGAAGACUUGCUUCACAUAUACCAUUUGAUGGUAAAGGCUUCUGCUAGGAUCGGUAGCAUUGGGUUUAGUGUCAAUGUUGCUAAUGCGCUGGCAGCGAUAUUCACUGCAACUGGACAAGAUAUUGCCUGUGUUGUGGAGAGCACCUCAGCAGAUCUUAUCUUAGAACCUUUACCAGAUGGUGGAAUCUAUGCUUCCAUGGUCCUGCCUAGUUUGAUUAUUGGUACUAUUGGUGGAGGUACUGGGCUAGCUACACAAAAAGAGUGCCUGCAAAUGAUUGGUUGCUUUGGCCAUGGUAAAGUAGGGCGGUUUGCUGAGAUCAUAGCAGCUGUGUGUCUGGGGCUUGACUUAUCUACAAUGGCUGCUAUAGGAAAUGGUACCUUUGCUCUUAGUCAUGAAAAGCUCGGCCGUAACAAGCCCGACCAUGGACUCAAGAGUUGUCACAUUAAUGAAAAUUUUUUUGCCAAAGUUGUGAAGGAUCUUGGGAGCUUGGUAUCGUGGAGCGAAUUCAAUGUUAAUACUGGGAAUAGUAUAAUAUCUGAGUUGACAAAGUCAGAAAUGAAAAAGAAAGUUGGUCAUUUUGGCUAUAAACUCCAGUACGUGGACAGACAAGAGGAUGAGAAGGAACUAAAAAUUGUACUGAAGUCGAAGCCCAUUGAUACAGAGACGUGUAACGUCAUCAACAAAAUGGCAGCAAACUGUGGGUUUGCAUUAGCCAGUAACCACGAGAAAUACAAAAAGAAAACAGGAUUCAACAAUUGUCAUGUCAGAGAAGUGCGACUGGCUGCACUUGAUGACCCAAUUCUAAAGAUGCUUUCUCCUAAAGUUUAUUAUACAAUUGAUAACAAAGAGAAGGAUAUUUACGUCAUUGUAAUGGAGUUCCUUCAAAAAGACACAAAUAUAACUCAUUUAAAUUCAGCGGAUGAUAUAUCAGACUGGAAAAUAGCAGACAUCAAAGUCGUGUUGCGUGAUCUAGCAAAGCUUCACUCACACUUUUAUACGCAAAGGAAAGAAUGGCUGGAAAGCACUUCAUGGCUGGAGAGAUCAGGACUUAAGGAAAUGACAUCUCUCAUGCCACUCUGGCUUUCUCUCCUUGAUCACGCUGGCUCAGAAUUCCCUAGCAUAUGGACGCCAAAGAGGGUGGAACUACUAAAGCUAGUCAUUGAGAAUAUUCCUCACUUCUGGUCCAAAUACUCGACAGCCCCAAAGACCCUCAUACACAAUGACUGCAAUCCUCGUAAUGUAUGCAUAAAGAACCCAGUAGGAGGAGUAGGGACCCUCAUAGAAUCCACUAGUGAUACCUUUCCUUAUUCUGACGCUAGAACUGCCUGUAUUUAUGACUGGGAGCUAGCACGUGUUGAUAUACCACAACACGACGUAGCAGAGUUUCUUGCUUUUACUCUACCAGUGGAGACUGAUAUGGGCACUAGACUAGAGCUUAUUGAAUUCUACAGGAAACACUUUGAAUUGUAUGGAGGUGUAGAUUAUCCUGUGAACAGAUUUAUUGAUGAUUAUAAUAUCGCUGUGUUGGAUUAUGCCAUAAAUCGACUCCCGUACUACACGAUGGCUCAUACUUAUAAAGACUAUCGCUUCCUCCCUCGAGUUAUAGAGUCUCACUUUGUAUACAUUUUCCAUGCACUGGAGCCAGUCAUCACUGGGAGGGCUAGGUUAUGACAAGGAUUAUAUUUAACA